UCCAUUAUAUAUAUUUUGGAACUGCUACAGAAUAAGUAGUUUACACUAAACUUGAGUUGGGCAUCAUAUCAUGGAUAGAAGUAUAUUAGCUAAACUUGGAGGAUCUAUGCUAGUACCUAGCGUUAAAGAAUUGGCCAAAGAAUCGCCGGAAACCGUUCCUCCACGAUACCUUCGUCAUGACCUGGACCCUCCGGCAGCGGCGCAGAAAGAAAUUCCGGUGAUCAACAUGGCAAACUUGCUCCAAGGAGAAUGCGAUGAUGAGCUGAAGAAGCUGGAUUUUGCAUGCAAAGAAUGGGGGUUUUUUCAGCUAAUAAACCAUGGAGUGAGUUCUUCAUUGAUUGAAAAAGUGAAAACUGAUACAAAAGAUUUCCUCAAUCUCCCAAUGGAAGAGAAGAAGAAGUUUUGGCAAGAGGCUGGGGAUCUUCAAGGCUUCGGACAAGCUUUUGUGCAUUCUGAUGAGCAAAAACUUGACUGGUGUGACAUGUUUUAUAUCAUCACUUCCCCAACUUACUUGAGGAAACCAAAUCUAUUCCCAAAUAUCCCUUUGCCAUUCAGAGAAACAAUGGAAAUAUAUGCAGAGGAACUGAGAAAUCUGGCCCUAACAAUCAUUGAUUACUUAGCAAAAGCUCUGGGGAUUGAUCAGGAACAUGUACGAGGAUUGUUCGAGGAAGGGAUGCAGUCUAUGAGGAUGAAUCAAUAUCCGCGUUGUCCCCAACCCGACAAUGUCAUAGGACUUUAUCCUCACUCAGAUGCUGUCGGGCUUACAAUCCUGCUCCAACUCAAUGAAAUGGAAGGCCUCCAGAUCAAGAAAGAAGGCAUGUGGAUUCCUGUUAAACCCAUCCAUGGCGCCUUCGUCAUCAACAUCGGGGAUAUUCUAGAGAUACUGACAAAUGGAAUUUACAAAAGUGUUGAGCAUCGAGCAGUAGUAAACUCGGAAAAGGAAAGGCUUUCGGUUGGGACAUUUCUGAGCCCCAGACUUGAGGCAGAAUUGGGUCCUGUUCCAAGUUUGAUCAACCCUCAAAAUCCAGCCAAGUUCAGGAACGUGGGAGUUGCAGAUUAUUACAGAGGAUUCUAUAGUCGAAAGCUGGAUAGUAAAUCUUAUAGAGAUGUUAUGAGGAUCCAAACGGAAGAAUGUCCUCAAUCUGUUGAUGGAAUGGCUUAAGAGGAAAACAAAAUAGUGGAAAUGUAUGCAGGUGAAUUGCCAUUAAUAGAGCAACGAAUAAGAGGGGCCAUUUAGCUAUGCUGCAAAAUGAUAUUAAGCUAUCUAACAAAAAAAAAAUUUGCAAUUCACUCAUUGGACGAGCAUUUUUAGCCGGUUGAGUAACUUGGUUCCUGUUACCAAG